UUGAGACCUCCUGACUGCAACAACUCAUCAUCCGGUGUGUUGGGAAGCUACGGAGAUCUGGAAAAAAAAACAAAAAACAUGUCGACAGUCUUCUCUUUCCAGACACAGCUCGUCUCCAUUAUGGACGCCUUAUCCAAAACAGCUGUAAUGGAAAUAAGCAAACUGGUGGAGAUCGAGUCGAAGAUGCUGAAAAUAGAGAUAACUCGAGGGCGGAAUGAAAUAGCCUCACUGACAGAGAAACUGCAGCUGAUGGAGAAAUUGCUUUAUAUUGCACAGGGGAGCAGACAAGACGCAGCAGCAGCAGCCUGCUCAGUGCUGAGGGACGAUUCAUCAAACGCUAUAUUAGAACCUGACAGGACAAGACCUGCCAUAAAAAGUGAGAGUCCAUGGGAAAACAUAGGUUCCUCCACAGAGACAAGCAGUUUGCAUCUCACUGAAGAGCAUUCUGCAACUGAACUGCCAAAUCCACUGAAAGAGCAGCCUGAGCUGAUAGUGGUAAAGGAGGAGCCAUCAGAGGAGGACAAUAGAGUGCCUGAACAAGAUAGAACAAGUGAAAACAGAAGGGAAACACUCACAGACACCCAGAAGUGUCCAGAUGUGAUCCAACGUCUCAAACCCGUCUCAGAGCAUCAGCAGCCAAUGUUUACUGACAGUUUUGUGGCUCUGAGUACCCAGUCGUCUUUCAUCGGAUCAGGAAGGAGAGACACCCAAUGGAAUCCACAGCUCACACCCGCACACACAAACCUAGAGACUGGGAAAAGCUUACCUCCUAAUGUUGCCUCCCAAAGUGUGAGCGUGCUCAGGAAUAUGAAGAUACACAAUCUGAGGAACUCUGCCGCCAAGAGGUUUGGCUGCUUGCAGUGUGGCAAGAGUUUCAGAUGCUUUAGCCAGCUCGAAAUACACCAGAGAAGUCACACGGGAGAGAAACCAUUCAGGUGCACACUGUGCGGAAAGAGAUAUGCUCAAAAAGGGCAUUUGUACACACACCAGCGCACACACACUGGUGAGAAGCCGUACCGCUGUCCUAUUUGUGGAAAGGGCUUUAUUCAAAAAUGCACUCUCGAUAUGCAUCAACGUACACACACCGGAGAAAAACCUUUUGUUUGUAUCAAAUGCGGCAAGGGUUUCACAAAGAACUGUAAUCUGAAAAAACACCUCGCAGUACAUCUUGAUCCUAAUUUGCAUGUGUAUGGUGGUGAAUCAGGUGCGCCGACAUUUAGUGGGACAUUCAUAAAUGGAACCACUUAAAACACUGUAGCUGCUCAGAUGUAACUUCUUCAGCUGUGUGAUCAAAAUAUUUUGUGCAUAAUAAGAUAUAAUAAGCUCCAGA